AUGCCUCCUCGCAAGAACAGCAAGAGAAAGAAGGUCAUUCCUCAGGCUCAGGCUGUCGAGUCUUCGUCUUCAUCCGAAGAUGAGAGGGAGCAGCAGCCGGCACAACAACAACCUUCAUCGGCAUCAUCCAUAUCGGGCAUGGAGGAUGAGAAGGAACAAAAAUCGAGUACGGAGGUGCCAAUAACAACAACAAGUCAAGACGAUUCAUCAUCAUCAUCCUCAUCGUUAACGAUACAAAUGAAUACAUUGAAUGGAGAAACGGGAAAUCAUCGUGAUGAGAAUGGUGGAAAACUAUCUGCUAUGAUCUCUGAAGAGAAGAAACAGCAACAUCAACAUAUCGGAUUGAAUGGCACAGACGGAAACGACAUUAAUUUAUUGAACAACAGUAGCAAUAAUGUUACAUUAUUAUCACCAUCAGAGUAUAUGAAACUUAUCAAGGAUCAUUUUAUAACUUCGUGGAACAAGAAUUACUCUCCCUUCAAAUGGGCUUUUCAUCUAAAAUCAAAAAACAAGAAUAAUCCAGAUUUUGAAAACCAAGUGAUUGAAUGUUUUUUAAAUAUUACGCUAAGAAACGUUUCACCAAGUGAAAUAUUCUUCAAAUAUUUAAAUCAUGCUCUAAUGACGGAAUUAAUUUCUUUUGAUAUUUUCACCAAGGCAUUAUAUGAUUUGAUGGUUGACAAUGAAACGGAAUUACGAAAAAGCUACGAAACAAGCAAUAACAAGAGAAUUACAAAUGUUUGGAAUAAGCCAACAACAUGGUUUGAGCUGCUCAAACUCUUUGAAUACCAUGUACCUCUUGCAUUGGAUAAAUUUGGCUCUUUGGACGCAUCUAACAACAACACAUCUCAAGCUGAUUUUGGAGGAUCAUCAUCUGUAGACCAUCAAGGAGGUAUAUCGCCAAACCAUGACGAUGACGAAGAUAAUUUUUUGGAAAUGGACAACAAGAAACGAAAACGAGAGUAUUCUCAUCCUAAUGUCAUUAUCGAUUUUAUCGAUAAUGAAGAAAUGAACAACCCUAAGCGUAGAAAAUUCAUCAUUUCAAGCACGAAAGAGGAUGUUUCUACUUUAUACUACACAGCGCGAGUUAUCAUUCGAUGCUUAAUCAUUAUUUUACGGUAUUUAACGUACUCUCUUGCUCAAACCAAACUAUUUCCCGAAUCUACCAUGACAAAUGUGUUUGGAAAUAUGACGACCAAAGAUCCCUAUGUCAUACUCAACUGUGAAAAGUCAAUUCAAAUUUUGAUUACUCAAUUAGGGAAUGCAAAUUUUAGGACAUUUCUUUUACUGAAUAAGUAUGAAGAAAAGCACCUGUGGGCUACAUUUACCCAAGUACUGCACAAAGAAGUAAUUCCUAUUAUAUCCCAUGUUAAAGGAAAACAUAACGAAAACACCAAACUAGAGAGCCACUUGCUGCAUUUAUGGGGAGCUAUUAAUCAAUUCCUUAUCUUUUUACUGACCGUAGAAAAAUCUGUUCCAUAUCAAGCGAUUGAAUUUAAAGAGUUGCAACAUUCGCGACCAUCCAAAUCUCUUCAGUCCACUCUCAAUGAAAAAACAUGUUUUGUGGCCUCUCUCCUGAUUGAAGAUGAGAUUUCAACAAAAAUAAUCACACGUACCAAUAUUCAUCAAACAUUCACUAGAUUUGAAAACUCACGAAUUUUGAAGGAGAGAAGUUUUGUAAAUUACUUUCUUGAUAUUCUGUACACUGCUCUGGACAAGAUCUAUGAUUUCUCUCAAGUACCCAUGUCUGACCACAAACCUGGCUUUAUUGUGGCCGAAAAAUCUCAUAAGAUGCUUAUCAGGAAGAGCUUUAUAACAUCAAAAUUCCCUCUCCUGCUCAAGAUUUGGAACGAAACAUAUUGUAAUGAAAAAGAUUUUUACGACCAAUUUUUUGCAUGUGCAAGUAUCAGGAAUUUGCACGCCAACUAUUCCUCCAAUGAUAUUGAUAUUUUAAGCGAUACCAAAUACAACAACAUAGAGAAGGCUUUAUUCAUGAUUUCUAAAUUUCCCUGGCUAAAUGACAAGACCAAUCAAUACGUACUGACAGAACUUAUCAAUUCAUGCCUCUAUUUAAAGCUAGUCUCUCGACAGAGUAUAACUGAGCUCAUACCGCAGUGUACAAGCGAUGUCGUGUUAGAUUUUGAGAACAAUGCCGAAGAAAUUCAACAAAACAAGUUUUCCAACUUCCCUGACAUGAGAUACAUUGCAAUCAUGUUCAAGUGUCCUAGAUUACAAGCGCCCCUAAUUAUUAACGAUUUUGUUGAAAAUUCAUCAAAAGAUUUCAUUUCAGAAAUUGACUUUCUGAUUAGCCAUACACAUUUUCUAGAUUUCAUUCAAUUACAUGGUUAUAUGCCACAAGUGAUGGAAAAGGUAUUCCAAUCGAUGAAAAAUAUUUGGAACAACAUCGAUGAAAAUGAUAUAGAUGGCAGUAACAGAGAUGAAAAAAUUCAAACGAACUUUGCACUUGGAUUUUCAGCACUGUAUAUCAUUUUGGAAAGAUUUGAGUUUAAGAAAAUCAAAGAAAAUAAGGACGUCUUUUUCGAAAUGAUGGAACGAUACUUUGGGGAAGAUUCACCUCUGAUACAUGUAAAGGAGUGGUUCAAAAACUGGUUCGAGGAUCGACUCGAUUCAGACAAUCAAUCAGACAUCCAAGAAAUAGGAGACAAGAUUUUUCAAGAAUUAUUGAAUUUAGAUUUGCAAGCUCAAGCAGAACAAGCUAGUUAUGACAUGGCUGGUUUAGCCAAAAUUCGAAAGGAAUAUUCCCCAGCACAUUUACUUCGAGUGUCGUCCUAUAUCGCACAACAAUGCUUUCUUUGGUACAUGGCUCAACCAGAAGAGCUAGGAAAGAGAAUUAUACCAAUAAUCUCAACAUUUAUUGAACAAUUUGGUUAUCACACCGAAAUUGGUUUUGCUUCUGGAAUUCUCUUCACAGUGAAUCAAGUAUUCUCCUCUAUGGAAAAAGCCAGUGAUUCUGUUUACACAUUCGUUGAUGUCCUCUAUACGACCUUCAAAGAUUUAGAAAAGGUGAAAGGAAGCACCAUUGGUUUCAACAUUUCCAGUGUCAUCCUUCACAAUAUUUUCGUCGAUUCUGUCCAUACCUACUAUCAAAAUAAUAAGGAGCCAGGAAAAAAGAAAGUUCCAGCAGUUAUCUUUAACUACAAUAAUCCAUCUCUACAAUCAUUACUCACCGAAUGUUACUUGAUCACAGGACAAAAUGUGGAAUGGCAAGUUGCCAUGACACCACUUCUGCUCCUGGAUGCAACUCCAGCCAACAGUAAUUCCAUCGACUACAGGAAAGGUGAACAGGAAACUGUACUUCUUCCCAAGGCAAAAACUUUUGGCAGCUCAAGUGUUGGUGUUACUUCUUCGUCGUCUUCUGCUGUUUUGCAGACUUGGGUACAACAGGAAUUUGAAAAUAUUUAUCGAAGUUUAACCAUUGGUGGUAGCUUGACAUCACUCAACACGAUUGGUCUUAUGAAACCUUCCAUGUUUGAUUCAUUUUUCACACUACGACGAGCGUAUCGAUCCAUGGGAUGUCUCAAUUUCCUUAAAUUCAUGAUUGAUCAAAUUUAUGAAUGUCUUUUAAAGGAGGAACAAGAACCAUUUGACGGAUUUAGAGUGACAGAAGCAGCAGCAUUUAUGUUCUACAUUAGUGCUGGGGAAGAUGGAGUUGAAACAUUACUUCAGAAGGCAUCAACAUCUCCAGAAGGAUUGUUUGAGUUUUUACUGGCACACCAUGCCGAACAAACAAAACAAUUCUUUGAAAAUGGAACAUUUAUUUAUUCGAGACAACGAAGUGGUUCUUCCAUUCAAGGCAUUUCAAAUGUGGAAUAUUUGUCCAUGUUAAGUUCUCUGCUGGCAUAUUUUACAGUGUUUGUUUUGAGCUUGCGAGAACAGUUUGUUCCAACAUCAAUACGAGCAGAUUGUAGGCGGAUUGACAAGCUUGUGCAAAAAUUCAUUCAACAUCUCAUUGAGGAACAUGCUGACAAGGUUGUGCACGAAGAUAAGCAUCACAUGACACAUUUUACAUUAUGUUUUAUGGAACAAAUUUCCAAAAUACCAGAAUUGACUCACCAAACUCAACAAGUUCUUAUGGAGAGUCCAAGUUGCUUCCCUAAAUUUUGUAAGAUUAUCAAUCGGACAAGAAAAGAAGCAUCACAGUCGUUCUUGUUCAGUUUCGGAAGGCGGGCUGGCUUUUCGAACGAGUUGGUUGUUAGUUUUUUGAAAGAAACAACGAAUUAG